AUAGCAUCAAAACUAUGGCUAAGAUGUCUGCUACAAAAAGAUAAUAUGUCAAAAUUUCUAAAAUUCAAAAGCAAUCGUUACUUCAAUUAGUUUUCGACAAUGGAAUGAAGAUUAGAGAAGUAAUUAUAUCAUCAACAAUUAGGCUUCCCAGAAAUUGAAUUUGAAAUAUGCUGCCGCUAAAACCUUUGUGUUAUAAUUUAGAAAAAAAUUACUAAGAAAAGAAUUUAAUUACGCUUCUGAUAAGCCUUGUCAGACUUGUCCUAAAAGAGAUGUGUAUAACCCAUUUAAAAUCGUAUCAUAGAUAGGAGGAAAAGAAAUCAGUUCAAAAACCUACACAUACAAUUGA